GAGGCUGGCCUUCGUCUGUCGGCUCCCCCGGGGUCCCCGCCCAGACCUCGCAGCCGCCUCCCUCCCCUCCAGGUCAGGCCCUGCCCAGGGCCAGCACGCAGCUGCCUGCCCAGGCUCGACGGGGCGGUGUGCCCCGUCUGCGGCAGCCCCUGCCCAGCAGGGGUGAUGGCAGAGGACUCUGCGGUUUCUGCUGGGGCACCUUCUAGGGAUGCAGCCUGGAAGGGGCCGCCCGAGGAGGAGGGUGACAGCAGGCGGGCACGGGUGGGGACAGGCAGGGCCGGGGAGACGGUCUGGGACCACAGGGGUGGACAGGCGGCCAUGAGAGAGGGUCAGAGGUCGUGUGUGGGCAGGAGGAUGAGAGAUGGUCAAGUGUCACUUGGGUGGGUGUGGAUGAGGGUCCUCCUGGGCAUUAGGCCAGGGCCAUCGCCAUGGGAAUGAGAAGGACGAAGCCUGACACUGCUGAGCGGUGGGGUCCAGCGUUGGUGCCGCCCCUCGUCCCAGAGAAGCCUCUGGCUGGGUGGUGUCUCCACGGAGGGACCCCAUGACCUAGGAGACCUACUGAUGACACCACGUGGCCCUGUAGAACCUGGAGGUGGCAACCCCUCGCUGCGGUCAGUGAGACGAGCUCAUCCCCAUGGGAGCCCCUCGAAGACCAGGUGACCGCUGUCUCCUCACUCUCACUGCCGUCUUCACCAUCGUCUUCAUCACCAUCGUUUCCACUAUUAUCUUCACCACUUCUAUUUUCUUCUUCAUCACCUUCUUCACCAUCGUCUUCAUCACCAUCGUUUCCACUAUUAUCUUCACCACUUCUAUUUUCUUCUUCAUCACCUUCUUCACCAUCGUCUUCAUCACCAUCGUUUCCACUAUUAUCUUCACCACUUCUAUUUUCUUCUUCAUCACCUUCUUCACCAUCGUCUUCAUCACCAUCGUUUCCACUAUUAUCUUCACCACUUCUAUUUUCUUCUUCAUCACCUUCUUCACCAUCGUCUUCAUCACCAUCUUCUCCACCAUCGUCAGAGAAUGUUUCCCCAAAGGAAAGCCUGGCUGAGCCCAGCAGUGGGAGGAGGGUGCUCAGAGACCAAGGGCAGACAGGUCAGUAAGGGGCCACAUGGCCGGCAGAGCAGGAGUGCAGGGCAGACUGGAGCCAGCCUGGGGCCCACACACAUUCCUAGGAGUGGUGGGGUGUGCUGAGGGGUUAGGAAAGCUGGUGCCCACCCCAGACACACCGGGCAGACCCAGAGGCACAGGCUUGAGCGGGAGCGGGUGAGAGCCCAGGGAGAAGGAGGGCUGGGCUGGGGGCUCCAAAGCUGAAGCCCUGUAGAGACUUGCAGCCGCCAGGGCUGGGUUGUGCCUGCAGCUCUGUCUGAGGGUGUGACCUUAUCUGGAAACAAGUUGUCUGGCAGGCAGGGUUGGCAAAGGAAUGAAAAGUGAAAGUGAAGUUGCUCAGUCCUGUCUAACUCCUUGCGACCCCACGGACUGGUCAGGAAAGC